AAAUAAUUACGAACAAUUAAAACUGAAACUUGGCUUGCAAAUUUGCCCAUGAACAUUCCAUUAAGGAAGAGGUUCAAAAUUGAUUUAUUAUAAAAAAACACACACACACAGUUUAUGAAUUCUUUUGCCAUCUGGAAAGAAAAAAAACAGCUGUUUUGUCGAAAUCUCUCAAAAGUCAAAGCAAGAAACAAGAUUAAAGUCUCAGUAGUAGUAUACGUUGGCUCAUAUCGAAAAUCGUUUCAAUUCAUUGUUGAAUUGUACGUCUGAUAAAACAUCAUAACCUCGGACUUCACCAUACUCAGAGGUUGUAGGCAUAGGUGUGCGAAAGCUCAAAAAUUAACAAUGGAUACGGAUCGCAAACAUAUCACUUCGGAAAGUGUAAACAGCUCCCUCGACUUACCCAUGGACGCCUAUAGUCAAAACUCUAAUGACGAUUUGAAACCCCGCAAACAUCGUGUCUACAAAUCAAAAGUUUUCAUUAUUGCCAUUUCAUUUUCAUCGAUUUUACUCUUGGUUAUGACUGCAGCCUUUAUUGUGCAUUAUACCGUUGGUUUUCCUUCGUCCCUAUUGCCGGAAGAGGGGGAGAAAGAAGCUUUAAUUAUGGAUAUGCCAGAGGAACAACGUGAAUGGGUUGAAAGUGGACUUAGGGAAUUGAAAACAGCUGUGCAUAGGGUUGACAAUAAAAGAAGAGCCAAAAAUGUGAUAUUGUUUGUGGGAGAUGGCAUGGGACCCAAUACUGUGACGGCGGCAAGAAUUAUGGGCUUCAAGGAGGAGGGUUUAAUGUCUUGGGAAAAGUUUCCCGAUAUGGGUCUACUGAAGACCUAUUGUGCCAACAAACAAGUACCAGAUUCAUUCUCCACAGCUACUGCUCUCUUUUCGGGUAUUAAAAUCAACUAUGAAACAGGUGGUGUAGAUUCUUCGGUUAGCUUGGGCAAUUGUUCUGCCUCUUUGAAUCAUGAACAUCAUGUGCAAUCUAUACUAAAAUUGGCCCAAGAUGAUGGCAAGCUCACUGGUUUUGUAACUACCACUCGGGUUACACAUGCCACACCGGCUGCUUUGUAUGCCCAUACACCAGAUCGUCGCUGGGAAUGUGAGAAGACUAUGCCUGCCACAGCCAUAGGGGAGGGUUGCCGGGAUAUCGCCCGUCAACUUAUUGAAGAUCCUACGGGACAAAAAAUCAAUGUCAUUAUGGGUGGAGGCAGACAAAUGCUGGUCUCCAAUGUUACAGGUUCACUGGCAGAUCCCAUAGAUACAUGGUCCUGCAAAUCGGCGGAUGGCCGUAAUCUCAUCAAGGAAUGGGCCAGCGUGAAAAAGGCCAACAACGAAGCCUUUGUAGUGGCCCAAAACACAGGCGAAUUGGAGGCCAUAGAUGCCGAAAAUACAGAUUAUGUUUUGGGCAUCUUUGCCAACGGUCAUUUGAUGUAUGAUUUUGAACGCGAUACCUCGGCCAAAGGCAUGCCUUCAUUGAAACAAAUGACCUUAAAAGCUUUGGAGGUUUUAAGAAGUAAAAAUCAAGGCUUUCUUUUGGUUGUAGAGGGUGGUAUGAUUGAUCAGGCCCAUCAUCGGGGAACUGCUCGCAAGGCCCUCAAUGAAGUUUUGGCUUUUAACGAGGCCAUUAAUGCUACCAUCAAUGCUUUGGGCAGAGAUCUCAAGGAUACUUUGGUUAUUGUGACGGCAGAUCAUUCACAUACCUUGAGCAUUAAUGGACAUGCGGCAAGGGGUACAGAUAUUUUGGGAGUAGCGGGUAAUUCCAAAACCGAGGGUACUCCCUAUACCAUAUUGACAUAUGGCACCACAUAUCAGGGUUUUCAGGCUGAUGAGAAUGGCAUGCGUGUUGAUCCUACGCUUCAUGAUACAACCGAUUGGGAAUACACACAACAGGGUGCUAUCAAUACAGAUGAGAAUUAUCAUGGAGGCAGUGAUGUGACAAUACAUGCAACAGGUGCCAUGUCUUAUCUUUUCCAUGGAGUCCAUGAACAAUCCUAUGUGGCCCAUGCUAUAUCAUAUGCUUUGCGAAUUGGCCGUUUUCGCGACAGUUCCAUAGCGGAAAGUCUAGCCGAAUUUUUACCAGCAUAAAAUUUUGGAUUUAGUUGUCUAAUUUUUAGGACUUUUCCUGGGAGCCUUUAUAGAAUCUUGUCUUGAAUAUUUAUAGUUUAGUUAAUUUUUAAUAUAAUUAGUUGCUAAAUAGGCAUAUUUGUGAUAACAAGAGCUAAGUAAAAUUUUUAAUUUAUAAAUGAAAAUAGUAUUUAAAUUUUAAUUAAUUAUUUUUAAUUUUUCUAGUUAAAAUAAAUAUAUUUUUGUAAUCACGAAAUCAAUUGGUCCAACUAAUUUCUUUUUAUUAAAACUGCUUUAAUCCGGAAAAUGAUAAUAUAAAUUACAUAGUGAUUUUGAAAAUUAUGUUGAGAAAUUAUAUUUAAUAAAAAAAUAACACAAUACCAGACAUGAAGCAACUUAGGGGGAUAGUAUGGAAAAUAAUUAGGGAUUUUGUAAGUAGCAAGGAAUUCCUGACUUAUAUUUCUUUUUCGAGGUUACUUUUAAGUAUUUAGAGAGCAUAACAAUCCGAUUACUGGCUUAGGUGUAUGUCCAUACUGGCAUGGAGCGUAUUAAUUACCGCAACCUCUUUUCCACCUUACCUUGUUAAAAAAUUAUAACAAUUUUUGAGAUCUUAAUAAAUUGUUUUUGUUGUUCCA